AUGUACUCCGCACGCAAAAUUUCAACAUCUCAGCCUUGCAACCCUGGUAGAGUGAGUAAUACUGCAAGAAACGACGCUGAUCUUGCGGACCAGAUAUUCGACAUGGAUGAUUCAGAUAAGCAGAUUAUGCUGAAUCUCUUCCGAGCCCCUGCUGCUGCCAGAGCGGCCAAAGCACUGGAUAGAUCUCUUUUCUCAAACACGCUUCCGACAGCUGCGGCUUCAAUAAGGGAUAACAGGCUCAUCUCAAAGUACCGCAAGCAGCUUGAAAAGACAAGGGAGAUCUUUUCGUUGGACAGAUUCGAUGUUUGUGCGGCGGAUCCAGAUGCCACUCUCGCAGCACAAGGAAAGAAGUGUCUUGUGUUGAAGCCGCACAUCAAGCCAGAUGUACCCGAAACAUGGAGCCCGGUGUUGCAGGAAGCUUCGAAACUGGGAGAGUUGAAGAUUGUCCCUUAUGAAAUACAUGUUGGAUAUGAUCUUUGGAGUUAUCUUGAUGUCAUGAGAUCUAUCCUUCCGGAGGACUUACACGGCGAAAUUCCCGUUGGUUUCAACACGGCAGGGCAUGUCGCUCACCUCAACAUUCGGGGGCAAUACCUUCCCUACAAGAACAUCAUUGCUCAAGUUAUCAUGGAUAAGAAUCCCACAAUCCGUACUGUCAUCAACAAAGUGGACAACGUCGGCACAGAGAGCGAAUUCCGAACUUUUAGCUACGAGGUCUUGGCUGGACCUGACGAUAUGCUCGUCGAAGUCAGCGAAGCUGGCUGCGUUUUCAAAUUCGAUUACUCCAAAGUCUACUGGAACACGAAGCUUGGCACUGAACACCAGCGUCUCGUCAGCCUGUUCAAGCCGGGAGAGGUCGUUAUUGAUCUAAUGGCAGGAAUUGGACCUUUUGCUGCACCUGCUGGCAAAAAGGGGGUAUUCGUCUGGGCGAAUGACAAGAAUCCCGAGAGCUACAAGUAUCUUACCGAGAUUAUCAAGAGGAACAAGGUCUCGGAAUUCGUCAAACCUUUCAAUGAAGACGGACACGACUUCAUCAAGCAAGGAACCGACCUGGUCCUGGAAGCAUCCCGGCGAGGAGACUGCGCCCUUGUCCCUCAAAAAGUAUCGCGAAGCGCUCCAGGCCCGCGGCCGGAACCCAUCCGGAUCCCCGUGCCGCCCACGGUAUCACACUUUGUCAUGAACCUUCCUGCCUCUGCCAUAGAGUUUCUUCACAACUUCCGCGGCCUGUACGAGGGCCACGAAGAGCUCUUCGCCCCUCACACCGAGACGAAGCUUCCCAUGGUUCACGUCCACUGCUUCGCCGUCAAGGCGGACGACGCAACCCCGCUGGACGACAUCUGCCAGCGCAUCGACAAGGAGAUUGGAGUGCUCCUCACGCCAGGCGAUGCGGAGAAGGACGGCCAGGUCUUGAUCCAUGAGGUCAGGGAUGUGGCCCCUGCGAAGCGAAUGUUUUGUGCAAGUUUCCGUCUGCCGCCCUCAGUCGCCUUUGCUCCGCGAUCCUAG